UAGGGAGGGCUCCAGUCUGAGCCCUCUGAAGGAGGGGACGAGAGGCAGGAACGCCGAAGGUUUCUGUGGCAUGGAGAGGGGGCCAUUGUGUCUCCUGGUGCUGUUGCUGACUCGGGGGAGCACCUCUGGGCAGGAUGGAGAGUACUGCCAUGGCCAGGACAGCUCGCAGCUCUGGCAUAGGGGCUUUCGGUGCCCAGAGCACUACGACAGCCCAAAGGCUACUCUGUGCUGCGGCACCUGCAACCUGCGCUACUGCUGCUCAACCAGAGAGGCCCGGCUGGACCAAGGCUUGUGUCCUAGUGACCAUCAUCAGACCAGUCCCAAGCCUCCAUCAGUGCCCAUGUACUUACCUUUCCUCCUUGUUGGGUCCAUAUUUGUGGCUUUCAUUGUCAUUGGGGGCUUCAUUGGUAUUUGCUGCUGUAGAUGCCUGAAAUCCCAGGAUGAAGAGCAGCAACAUGGGCCUGCACCAAUCCAGAGUUGGCUGCUGGAAGCUGCUGCUCCUCCUUGGUUCUCCAGUUCCAGCUCAGCCACCAGAUGCUCCUUGGGUAGUCAUCCUCAAACCAACAUCUGCCUGAGCAUAGCUCCACCUUUUCCCAUCAUAGGGUCCUCUCAAGGUGCUCAGUUCUUGCCUCCUACAUCAACCAAUGGAUCCCUUUUGCAGCCUGUGUGUACUAAUUUUGGAAUACCAAUGGAUCAUACUAUCAUAACAACUCCAGCAUCUUUCCUUGAUAGAGCAGUCUAUGGACAAACUUCUUACUAUCAUUUACCUGUAAGUGCCAUGCAUGGUGACCAAACAACGUACUCAGAAGCUCAUGUCUAAGAUGACUUGUAACUGCAGAAGUCCAGAUUAUAAAAAUGUAGGGUGCUUUUUAGACAAAGUAACAAAUGGGAAGUAACACAAACUUCUGAAAUCAUUAGUAUGUGUGAAAUGAGAAUCCUGUCUUUAUAUCUAUUUGGGAAAAACAAGUCUCAUUUUAAUUAACUAGUUAAUUCAGUAUUUACUAUCUUGGGGCUCAGGUUCAGUCUCCACGGUUCAUUCAUUUCUUGGCAUGUUUUCUCAUGGCAGGGCUAAUCUUAGCGGGGGUUUUAACUGUGGACAGCUGCCCAGUGGGAACUGGAGCAAUAUUGCUGUACUUCUUCCCACAGGCAGCAAACAGUCAGCUGAUCUUGGAACUCCUGGUCAGUUACUAACUUAGGCUGAAUUUGAACCCAGCUACCUACAGAGCUCUCUUACACAUUACCAAAUGCCUUAGCCAUUCUGCAAUCUUAAUAAGACUCCACACCUUUAUAUUUAAAAUGGCUUGUACAGUAUUUUCUCUGAUUAAAAACUAGUGGUUUUAUCUUAAAGGGACAUUGUCAAAUCAUGUCUUUGCCUAAAUUUUUACCUACAUCUGACUGUUGCAACACAAGUUUAUUCUAAGCAAAAGGGAUUAGAGGUGAGAAUGAAGUGUCUUGUUUUUCUCUCUUACUGUGACUAUACUAUGCUCAUAUUAGCAUUAUGCACAGUCAGUUUCAUUGUUGAUUGCAUGGGCCCAUACUGAUGGGGAGGGACAAAACAAUGUUCAGAAAAUGUGAAUGACGGAAAAAGCAAAAGUUGGCAAAGGGACUAAAGAGCAAGUGGAGUAUCUGAAACUAUUUUUUACAUUUCCCCCCCACCCAAGUUGCUGGAUGUCAAGUUGAUGGUGACUGUAAGACUGAACAUGUUGCUGAAGAGCUGUCAGUUAAGUGCUGCUACAGGAGCAGCUUUUAGGCCAAAACUUUUUGUAAAAUGCACUUUGUGUCUGUGCAGAUUAUUGGGGAAAAAAUAAUUUUGUGCUGCUGUAUGUGUUGCUCUCAGUCUUGUAAUGCUUUAGUGAGGCUCUAGCUAUGCAACAUCGACAAAAAGAGACCCAUUAACUGAUUAUAAGCCAUUAUGAAAAGGCUUUUUUAUAACUGGGUGGUAAAAAGGAGUGAAAUGUGGCAAGACCUUCCACCUGUAUAGCACUACUUCCUUUGUCUUUAGCUUCUAGUAGAGAAGAAAACCCUCUCUAUUUUGACUUAAAAUACAGUUUACACUCUCCAUAAGGAAUUAUCUUCAGAUGUGCACUGCCUAACUGCAGCCAUCCUUCACAGCAGGAGUUAACAGCAGGAUCCUGAUAUGAAGAGGUUGACAAAGUAUGUUGAACCCAGCUGCUGGAGCAUCUAACACUUACUUUGGUCAAAAAAAACCCAACAAAAAAACCAGAAUAAUUACACCAGAGGCACAUUAAAAUAACUCCACAGACAUUGCCAGUAGGAUCAGGUGCCAAGGAUUAAAGUUGUGUGAGUAAAAAAACCAAGAACUUAAUCUUCAGCUGAUUGGUCAGGAUCUUAAAAUCUGCAUAAUAAAGAGGCUUUGGUGACUUCCCUUGGAAGCAGAUAGGCUAAAUAAUCUGUUCUGUAAACAUAAAAUCCAUCAGAAUAUUUGUGUUGAUGUGGAGGCAUCUCCCAUCUAAUACUAUUGUAUAAUGUAAUGUAUCCCAACAUAUAGAUGCUAGAAAGGGCACACAUUUCUUAGUAUCCUGGCUUGGAGUGGGGAAAGCAAUCCAUUCUGGUAAGAUAGGCUCAAAUUCUCCCCUCAGUUGCACUGGUGUAAAUCAAGAGCAUUUCCACUGAAAUUAAUGGAUUUACAGUAGAGUAAGAGAAGGGGAAAUUGGUCCCAGUAUAUCAAAGUUUGCUGUAAGGGAUGUAACUUUGGGCCUAAUCUGUGUGCUGUACAGGGAAAGUAGUAAUAAACGUUUACAUGACACGAAGAAUUUUGAAUUUACUCAAGAUUAGUUAUCUGGUGGUUUUUUUAAAUGAGGAUGAAGAGGGAAGACCACCAAUAUAAAGUACCAACCAAAGCUUAACGGUGCUAAGGGAGGCUGAGCCUAGUUUGUCAUGUCACUCAAUGCCCUGUCACUGACAGUAACUGAGGACCUAUUUUUACCAUGGAUUUUAUUUCACAGCAUCCAGAGCUGGUGUUAUAAGAAUGGUAACAUGUAGCUGUGCAUUUGCUUUAACUAAAUGCCUAUUUUUAGAGGGACUGUUGUC